GAGAAUCCUGUAACUGUGUUUUUUACGCUUCGCGAGACCCCUGCUCUGAACAUGGGACCUUAGCCCAAUUAGCCAUGUUUCUGUUCGAUCAAAAGGUUUUCUCUUUGUGCAGGAGGGAGAAACACAUUUGAGUAAGAAGCAAGUAAGCAAGAGCGCUACUAAUAACCUCUAAAUCCGGCUGCAACUCUCCUCUGCGGAAACACAAUUUCCAGUUGGGUGGAUGCGAGGCGGCGGAAGGCAAGAUGCCGGUGAGAGUGAGAUUGAGCGAUGACUCUUCCUCCUCCUUGUACGCAACACACAUUCCGGGUACUAUUCCCGGCCAUGCACUCCCAUCACCUUGCCGGCUGUUGAGUGUGGGUCAGGCUUUUGAUGGUACACAGAAUGUAUCAAAUUCACAAAAGGAUGAAGCUUGGAAGGUGAAUGUACGUCUUCAGGGUUGUGAUCUUGAACAUGGAUAUCUAUGUGGCAGCAUGGAAGCUUUGAAUGUGCCCUCAGCAGAGACACCUGUAGUGACAUUUUGGGAGGGUGAAAUUGUUGACAACAGGAACUACACAUUUUUCACCGGCAAAUGGGAGGCAAGUCAAGAGACAGACAUGAGACAUUGGUCAAAAUUUCAGUGCUUUGAACCACUCCUUUCUAAAGUGCAGGCUGAUGGAGGCAGAUCAGAGGAUCUUUGCAACUAUCCUUAUAUUUUCAUGCGAUGGAAAGAGAAGUUCUUUGUCAAUGUUGGUACAGACUGUGGCCUCACUAUUGCAGGAUUCUAUUAUGUAUGCUUUUCUCGUAGUGAUGGCUCAGUUAAUGGUUUCUACUAUGAUCCAAACAGCAGUCCGUUCCAGAAGUUGGAGCUGAAGGCAACAAAUGAAGGCCGAGCUGGUUACAGUUUUGCUUCAUAUGAAUUUCAAUAAAAGAUGUGUAGUUUAUUCAGUGUUUUUGAUAUAGACAAUGAAAAGUAUAGUUAAUUUUAUGAAGUAAGAAAUACAGAAUUGAUUUGUAUACUUGACUCAAUACUUGAACAGAAGGUAGCAUGAACAUAUAUAUACAGACUGCUUCAUAUCAUGGCUGAUCAGACUUGCUUGUAAUAUGGUUUCUGAAUCAUUCAUUUCCAAUCCAUUCUUUUGUUGCUGAA